AUGGCUGGGACACUGCGAUUCUCAUGGCUCUUCUUCAUACUGCUUUUCCUUCUGGUGGGGCUGCAAGGAGAGCCAAGGGACAGCACACACAGGCGAAACAAGAGGAGCGUUAGCAAUGACCAGCCUCGUAUGUUGUCAGAGAAUGGUCACCUUGUCUUCACACCUGGAGACAAUAAAGACAUCCGCUUCCAGACAUCAGCAUCUGGCCGAGUUAAAGUAGGUGAUGAGGACCUCACCCAACUUCUGAGUCAGAUCAAAACCAACAAAGACAACAUUGAUAACAUUAUGUCUCAUGGAGGUGGAGUUCCCCCUGAUGUCACCAACAAAUUAAAUGAGCUUCAGACCAAGGUGUCAGUACUUGAGAAUAAAGUGACCACACUUGAGCUGACUGUUCAGAAAGUGUCUUGCAGCAGUAAUCCCUGUCAGAAUGGAGGAACAUGUCUCAACCUACUCAACUCAUACCACUGUGUGUGUCCCAGCAACUGGGCCGGUCCUAACUGUGCAACAGAUGUGAAUGAAUGCCAGUUGUAUUCAGGAACACCUCAGGGUUGUCAAAAUGGAGCAACCUGUGUCAACACUCCUGGAUCAUUCACUUGUAACUGUUCUCCAGAAUGGUCUGGGACUCUCUGUACCGUGCGUUAUGAUGACUGCUGGCAAGGCAAUGGUUACAGUUGUCAGGAUGUGGAUGAAUGUUUGACCAACAAUGGCGGCUGCUCCACCACUCCCAUGGUGCAAUGUCUGAACACCAUGGGCUCCUUCCACUGUGGCCCUUGCCCUCCAGGUUAUGAGGGAGAUGGAAGAACAUGCACCCAGACUGAUAUCUGUGCUACCAACAAUGGGGGGUGUUACCCAUUAGCUACAUGCUCCUCCACCCCAGGUUCAAGCCUCCCCAUAUGUACGUGUCCUCCAGGCUACAUAGGCAAUGGUUAUGGACCAACAGGUUGCACCCAGACUAACAACAUCUGUGAGACCAACAACCCCUGUGUCAAUGGACAGUGUGUGGCCACCACUUCUGGCUACAUCUGCAAUUGCAACUCUGGCUGGGAAGGAGUGAACUGUAACCAGAACAUCAAUGAAUGCUUGAGCAACCCCUGUCAAAAUGGAGGAACCUGCACCGACGGGAUUAAUGGUUUCACAUGUGCUUGCACUGCCCAGUGGACUGGUCCACUCUGCCAGACCGCACAGCAAGCAUGUGGAGGUCACCUGACUGGCCCUGCAGGUUCUUUCAGUUAUCCAAACACCCCAGGUCAUGAUGAAUACGAUCACCUGGUCAGCUGUGCCUGGGUUAUUCAAGUUGACCCAAACAAGGUUGUGCGGAUUACAUUUCCUUUCUUUCAUCUGGAGAACAGUGCCAACUGCAACUUUGACUUUCUUCAGAUUCAUGAUGGAGACAGCGCCUUUGCUUACAUGAUUGGAAAAUACUGUGGUGAAAAUAAUCCCCAGGAGCUCUUUAGUUCCCACAAUUCCUUGUAUUUCUGGUUUCGUUCUGACCACUCCAUCAGUGCUGGUGGAUUCACAAUUGCUUGGCAGUCUCGGGACCCAGUGUGUGGAGGUGAACUAACUGCCCCGUAUGGCAACAUUAACUCACCUGGUUACCCUGGAAACUACCCACCUAGCCGGGACUGCUACUGGGCAGUGGCAGUGCAACCAGGUUUGCUCAUUACCUUUGCAUUUGGGACUCUCAGUCUGGAGCAUCACCCUGACUGCAACUUUGACUUCCUGGAGAUUCGGGAUGGUCUUUUACCUGAAGACCCAGUUCUAGGGAAGUACUGCAGUACUGCAUCACCUCCCCCUCUGCAGACUACCGGCCCAACUGCAUGGAUCCACUUCCACUCUGACUUCACCAUCUCUGACCGAGGCUUCCACAUUACAUACACAACAUCACCAAGUGACCCUGGUUGUGGUGGUACCUUCACUGACAGCGAGGGCACCAUCAUCUCCCCCAACUGGCCCGAUAAUUAUGCCCACAAUCGCCAGUGUCUCUAUUUGAUUAGGUUGCCAGCGGGUGAGAGGGUAACCCUCAACUUCACUAACAUGAACCUGGAGAGUCACGCCAGCUGUGCUUUUGACUAUGUGGAGGUUCGUGAUGGCAGGUUGGAGACUGACCCUCUCAUAGGGAAGUACUGUGGGAGCACCCUGCCAGCUCCCAUUGUCUCAUCCUCUAACUUCCUGUGGAUCCGCUUCAAGUCCGACAGCUCAGUCAGCCAGGCUGGCUUCAGGGCUGUCUACAGCGUUGCUUGUGGAGGCACUUUGUCUGGGGAUGGGCUGAUACGCUCUCCCUACCAUCCCAAUGCCUAUCCCCACAACAAGGUCUGUGAGUGGGUCAUUAACCAGCCAGAGGGUUAUGUGGUCAUUUUCAACUUCCUGUCGUUUGACAUCGAAGGAGCCUCCUGCAUUUUUGACUUUGUCGAGAUCAGGGAUGGUUCCACAUCUAGUUCACCUCUGCUGGGGAAAUUUUGCGGUGUUGCGAUUCCACCCAGGCAACAGUCCACUCAGAGAUCAAUGUACAUCCGCUUCAAGACUGACUCCUCUAUCAGCAACUAUGGAUUUGAAGCAGCCUAUGGCUCUGCCUUGGAAGGCUGUGGUGGUACCCUGACCACUCCUUCAGGCAUCAUCAGAAGCCCCGGUCAUCCCAACACCUACCCCCAUGGUGCCAACUGUACCUGGUACAUUAGUGUUGCCCCGGGCAACCUCAUUCGGCUGUCAUUUCAGUCCUUCAACUUGGAGUACCAUACUAACUGUGACUUUGACUACCUGGAGGUUUAUGACAAUGGCACUGUGCAGCCUGGAAACAAGAUUGGCAGGUACUGUGGGCGCUCAGUGCCUCCAUCCAUCACCAGUACUGACAACCUGCUGACCCUGCUGUUUGUGUCGAACUCAGAUUUAGCCACAGAGGGAUUUUCUGCCAGCUAUGUCUCCAUCAAUGCCACCACAGACUGUGGUCAGACCUUCACCUCCCCCACAGGAACCUUCAGCUCACCCAACUACCCUGACCUCUACCCCAACAAUAGAGAAUGCAUCUUCAAGAUCAUUGUGGAGGUCAACAUGCAGAUUAUGCUGAACUUUACAACCUUUGAGCUGGAGGGCUACCCUCCUCCUUGCAGCUUUGACUUUGUGGAGAUCAGGGAUGGUGGCUAUGAGACAUCUCCCUUGAUCGGUAAGUUCUGUGGCAGUCAAAGGCCUCCAGUGUUGGUAUCCCAUAGCAACCGCCUUUGGGUUAAAUUCCGCUCUGAUACCGUCAUCACGCAACAUGGAUUCGUUGCUCACUGGGAUGGCACACAGACUGGUUGUGGAGGGACCCUGACAACUGAAUCUGGGGCAUUUUCCUCCCCUAACUACCCCCUGCCCUACCACCCUAAUGCUGAGUGCUACUGGAACAUCAGGACCAGCCACGGCAACCAGCUCCUUCUCUCUUUCUCCGAUUUCCACCUGGAGUCAAGCUCCGGCUGCUCUUAUGAUUACCUAGCUGUGUAUGAUGGUAACAGCAGCCAUGCUCCAGAGCUAGCCAAGUUAUGUGGCAGUCAGCUGCCCAGCACCAUCAACUCUUCCACCCAUCAGCUCUACGUCAAACUUCGCACUGACAGCGUCAUCAACGCUGGAGGCUUCCUUGCAUCAUACACCACUAAAUGUGACGGCAUGCUCAUCUCAGGCCGACACAGAGGAAUAGUGGAGUCACUAAACUUUCCCAACAACUACCCAGCCAACACCCUGUGCAGCUGGACCAUCCAGGGCAGCAGUGGAAACACCAUCAACUACACUUUUACUGCCUUCCAGCUGGAAGCUACCUCCAGCAGCUGCACCUAUGACUAUGUCAAGCUCUAUAAUGGUCCCAGUGAGCAAGCUCCUCUGAUUGGUACAUUCUGUGGGAGCACACCUCCCCCAGCCAGCAACACCACAAGCUCAGCACUCACCAUGGUCUUCAAAACAGACUCCACUGUGUUCAUGUCUGGCUUCCAGAUGAUGUGGUACCAGAAUGGUUGUGGUGGAGACCACUCUGGACCUAGUGGCUCCUUCAGCAGCCCAGGCUACCCCAACAGGUAUCCAGAAAACAGGGAGUGUAUCUGGUACAUCAGCACAGCAGCUGGCAGCAGCGUCACCCUCACUAUCCAUGAGUUUGAUGUGGAGUUCCAUCAAAAUUGCAACUAUGAUGUGCUGGAAGUGUAUGGAGGCCCAGACAUGACGGCCCCUCAGCUGGCCAAGCUCUGCACCACCACAUCCAGACCAAUGCAGGUUUCCAGCACUGGCAACAUGCUCACAGUGCGCUUCAAGUCUGAUGCCUAUGUCAGCGGUCGAGGUUUCAAUGCAAGCUGGGCUGAAGUCCAGGGAGGCUGUGGCGGGCCAGUGACUGCCCCAUCAGGGGAGAUCCAUUCUCCUUUGUAUCCCAACAACUAUCCCAAUAAUGUGGACUGUUCCUGGGUCAUCAGUGUAGACUCCCACCACCGUGUCUUCUUCAACUUCACUGACUUGGACAUUGAAUAUCACAGCAACUGCAUCUGGGACUAUGUGGCUAUCUAUGAUGGUCCAACUAUACAUUCUCCUCUGCUUGCUCAUGUGUGUGGUACCAGUCUUCCUCCCUCCAUCACCGCCACCCAGAACACCAUCUCUGUUCGCUUUAGGUCGGACUCCAGUCGUAGCCACCGUGGCUUCAGUGCUCGCUUCUCUGAGGCUUGUGGUUCAACCAUCAUAACAGACAAUAAUGGUGGGGUCAUUGCUUCACCGCGGUACCCAGCACCAUAUCCACCAAAUCAGAACUGUAGUUGGAUCAUCACAGCACAAGAACCAUUCAACCAUGUGACCCUGUCAUUCACUGACUUUGAGUUAGAGAUGAUCUACUCCAACUGCUCCCACGAUGCUGUGGAGGUCCUGGAUGGCAACAACUACCAGGCACCUUCUAUAGGGCGCUACUGUGGCGUUGAACUACCUCACCCAGUGACAUCCUUCAGUAACUCUUUGGUGGUCAAAUUCAUCUCUGACCACUCCAUCGCCAUGAAAGGGUUUAGAGCCACCUAUUCAGCAUCCACCUCCAGUUGUGGAGGGGAUCUGCUCAUGGAGAGUGGUGCAUUCAACAGUCCUAACUAUCCAGAUGCUUAUCCAUCUAAUGUGGAGUGUGUGUGGACCAUCAGGAGCUCUCCAGGAAAUCGUCUCCAGCUCUCAUUUAUUAUGUUUCACCUGCAGGGAGGUUCUGGCUGUCAAAACGACUACUUGGAAAUCAGAGAGGGCAACUCCACCGGGCCUCUGGUCAAUCGCUUCUGUGGUACCUCACUACCAUCCAACUACACCUCGGUGCUUGGUCACAUCCUGUGGGUUAAGUUUGUGUCAGAUGCAUCAGUUAGUGGAGAAGGAUUCAGAGUCACCUUCUCACACUUGUAUGGUAAUGAUGUGACAGGGGAGUUUGGUCAGAUAGCAUCCCCACUGUAUCCAAGAACAUACCCCAUUAAUGCCCAAUACCGCUGGACUAUAACUGUGGACGGAGACAGCUACAUCCAGAUCCGCUUCUUGGACAUGGACAUUGAGGACCUGUCUGACUGCUACUACGAUAAUCUCAAAAUUUUUGAUGGCCCCAGUGUUCAUUACUAUCCCAUUGGGACAUACUGUGGUCUGUCCCUGCCCCCUCCCAUAAGAAGUUCUGGCAGCACUAUCACCCUGCAGUUCAAAUCUGAUUUGGUGGUGGGAGGACGAGGCUUCCUUGUGGAAUGGAUCACUGUCCAGGACUCUGGACCACCACCCACUAUCCCACCAGGUGCAUGUGGUGGAAUCUUAAUGACGGGGGAGACUCCUGGCUUCCUCUAUUCUCCUAGGUGGCCUGAAAACUACGCUCAUAACCAGGAGUGUACCUGGCUGAUACAUUCUCCAGACUCCAUCAUAGAAUUCAACAUCUUGUUUCUGGACAUGGAGGACUACCCCACUUGCUACUUUGAUAGUCUUACCAUCAGAGAUGGUGAUACCAGUAUAUCCCCUGUGCUAGCCACUGUGUGUGGUCGGGAACUUCCAGGUUCUCUCCAUUCAACAGGAGACUCCAUGUACAUCCACUUCUCUUCAGACAGCAGCAUCAGUGGCCGAGGCUUUAAUGCCUCCUACUCCAGAGGUUGUGGUGGACUUCUGCAUGUAGACAGGGGUGUGGUGAGCAGUUCCAACUACCCCCAGACUUAUUUGCCUAAUCUGGACUGUAACUGGCAUGUGAUGGUGACACCUGGCUUCAGGGUUUCUGUCACCUUUCAAAGCCCCUUCCAGAUUCAAGGCUAUGGAACUCAGUGCAGCUCAGGAGACUACCUGGAGCUCAGAAACGGUCCAGAUGUUUCAUCUCCACCACUGGGGGGGCGUCUCUGUGGGUCAAGCCCUCCAUCUCUUCUCCAGACUACUGACAACCACCUCUUUAUUCAUUUUGUGUCUGACGGCUCUAAUGAGGCCAGCGGCUUUAAGCUAACCUUUGAAGCCCACAGUCAGGCAUGUGGAGGUUUCAUUGAGCUGAAUGAUAACGAUCCUCCAGGCUACAUCACUUCACCGAACUACCCUGGGAACUACCCCCAAAACAUUGACUGUAUCUGGGUCAUCACUGUGCCCUUGGGAGAAGCUGUCCAAAUUGACUUUGAGGAUCAAUUCUACAUUGAACCCACAACAAACUGUGGGUAUGACUAUUUGGAGCUGCGUGAUGGCUCAACAUCCAAUUCCCACUUAAUUUCCCGGCUCUGUGGCAACACCCGACCAUCUACCCAACAUUCAACAGGUUCCUCCAUGCUGCUCAGGUUUCGUACUGACACCAGCGUCACGCACCAAGGCUUCAAGGCAAAGUACUCCAUCGCAACAUGUGGAGGCACCUAUAUAGGUCAGAGGGGUUCGAUCCACAGCCCUGGCUUCCCAGGAUCCAACUAUCCUGGCAGCUCCAGCUGUGAGUGGUACUUGGAGGGGCCUACAGGGCACUACCUCACCCUUACCUAUGGAAAUUUCAGCCUGCAGGACACUCCAGGAUGCUCUGCUGACUAUGUGGAGAUCAGGGAGUACAAUGCUUCAGGACACACACUGGGCCGACACUGUGGCAGUAGCCUUCCUGCUUCCAUGGACACAUCUGACAGUUUUGCCUAUGUCAAGUUUGUCAGUGACUCCAGUGGAAAUGCAGCAGGCUUCAGUCUGUCAUUUGAAGCUAGUGUUGAAGCCUGUGGGGGAGAGUUGAAUGCUCCUUCAGGAACAAUCUCCUCUCCCAAUUAUCCCAACUUGUACCCACACAACCGGGUGUGUCGCUGGGAGCUGGUGGUGUCAUCAGGACGCCGGGUUACACUCACCAUCAAUGACCUACGGCUGGAAGGUUCUGGAACUUCCUGUGCAUUUGACUAUGUUGAUGUGCUGAAUGGGUUGGCAGUUGAUGCCCCUCGUCUACAGCGACUCUGUGGUACAGUACCUGCAGGCACUCAGCUGCGCUCCUCUGGCAACACCAUGGCUGUUGUGUUUCGCACUGAUGCUUCUGUGUCUAAUGGUGGCUUCAUGGCUUCAUACUCCUCUGAGGAGCCUGCAGAGUGCGGUGGAGUCCUGAACAAUGCAGCGGGCGGGAACUUCACAUCCCCUGGAUACCUGGUGUCCAACUACAGCAACAACCUCAACUGUGAGUGGCUGAUCCAGAACCCACAGCACAUCAAUUCCUCUAUUGUGGUGCUGAUAGAGGACUUGCACCUGGAGAACCACCAGACCUGUGAGUCAGACUACCUCCAGUUCCGCUUAGGUGACUCAAAUGGUGAGCUGCUGGCCAAGCUUUGUGGGCAGACCGUCCCUGGCAUUCCAAUUGUUGUCUUCACCCCAGAGCUCUGGGUUCAUUUCCAGACUGAUGCCUCUCAGGGAGACAAGGGCUUCAAGAUCAAAUACUCCUUCUCUGGGUGUGGAGGCUGGCAGACAGGUGAGGGAGGGGUGAUAGCCAGUCCUAACUACCCUAACAUGUACCCCGACCUCAGUCGCUGUGCUUGGCUGCUAGAGGCUCCAGCGGGCCACACUAUUACACUAACCUUCAGCUACUUCAACGUGGAGCACCACUCUGCAUGUGGCUGGGACUCUGUCACCAUCUUCAACGGAGGAUCCCCAGGCGCCCCUGUUAUUGGCCAGUACUGUGGGAACACCUCUCCAGGAACCAUCCGGUCAGGAUCUAACAAGCUUGCUAUAGUUUUCAUGGCUGACCAUGUUGUGGCCACAGGAGGCUUUUUGGCCUCCUGGUCUGCUGAUUCCUCAGGCUGUGGAGGGGUGAUCCAUGCCGAUACGGGAACAAUCAAGUCUCCAAACUAUCCUCAGAACUUCCCAGCCAAUGUGGAGUGUUCAUGGCAGAUCAUUGCCCAUGAGGGAAACCACCUGGAGAUGAGCUUCAACAGUGAUUUCCAGAUUCCAGACAGCUCUGGGACCUGCCAGAGCAGUUAUAUCAAGGUGUGGUCAGGUCAGGCUCAAAAUACUGAGGCUCUUCUGUCAACAGGCUGUGGCUCAGUGGCACCGAGCCCCAUCAUUGCUCCAUAUAACAUCAUCACAAGCCGAUUCCAGGCUGAAGCAACUGGCAGAGGUUUCUCAGCCUCCUUCAGCACCCGUUGUGGUGCAAAUUUCACAGCUCCCAGCGGCCGUGUGGUUUCUCCAAAUUACCCAGCCGACUAUCCCAACUACUCCAACUGUAACUACACAAUAGACGCUGGACAACAAACUGUGCUUGUCCUCACGUUUCAGAGCUUCCAACUAGAAGCACACUCUACCUGUGUCUUUGAUGGGCUGAAGAUCUACAGCCUGGCUGCCAGUGGCCCUCCUAUUGCCACUCUGUGUGGUACCAGCAUCCCGGGACCCUUCUCCAUCUUUGGCCCCAUGUUACUCCACUUCUACUCUGACUCUGCCAUUAUUGACAAUGGCUUCCUAGCAGAAUACAGAGCCUUUUCAUGUGGCGGCUUUUUCAACAGCACUUUAGGUACACUGAGCAGUCCAGCACUCUACGAAGCCAACUACCACCACAACAUCAACUGUACCUACCAUAUCAUGGUAGCAGCCAAUAGAGUGGUGGAUCUCAGGUUUAACACCUUCCAUCUGGAGGCGUCGUCUUCCUGUCGCUAUGACUUUGUGGAAGUCUAUGAUGGACAGGACACCUUGGCCCCAUCACUGGGAAAAUUCUGUGGUACAGUGCUCCCACCCAAUCUGCGCUCCUCCACUAACCAGCUGUUCAUCGUCUUCAGGACAGAUGCCUCAGUGAAUGGGAUUGGUUGGAGGGCUACUUACCGCGAGACACUUGGUACAGCACAAGGUUGUGGUGGAUACCUGACAAUGCCCGUGGGCAUCUUUGGUUCUCCGGAUAUAAACAUGGAUGGGUUCUAUGAACCCAUGCUGGACUGCCUGUGGACCAUCGAGAUGCCGAUCAACAAUGCUAUCAACCUGACCUUCAACUCUUUUGAGCUGGAGAGUUUCACUGAUUGCCGUUAUGACUAUGUCAAAGUGUACGAUGGUGACAACAUUAACUUCCCUCUAGUUGGGACAUUUUGUGGAAAUACCAUCCCUGCUUCUUUUGUAUCGACUGGAAACUUCCUGACCGUUCACUUUGUCAGUGAUAGCGUAAUAAAUCAAAGAGGCUUCAAUGCGACCUACAGAGCUGUGCCAUUGCUUUGCGGCGGAGCUCUGAAUGUCUCGACCAGCAGCCAGACUCUCACGUCACCCUCCUUUCCCAGUGCCUAUCCUCCUUACACCUCCUGCCGCUGGAUCCUGGAUGCUCCACCCCAGGAAACCAUCAAAGUGUCAGUCCAGAUAUUUGUGCUCCAGCCCAGCCAAAGCUGCUCUACAAACUACUUGGAGAUGAAAGACUGGCCUGUGGGAGACUAUGGACAGUCUCACAAGUUCUGUGCAUCUGAUGUCCAUCCACCAGUCUUCUACAGCUAUGGCAGAACGAUCCUCAUACACUUCAAAUCUGACACCUUUAUGUCAGGAAAUGGCCUCAGUUUGAACUAUCAGAUUGCCAGCUGCAGCCGAACCUAUGAACAGGAAUACGGCUAUCUCAAGAGCCCGGGCUGGCCUGACAUCUACCCUCACAACACGGACUGCACCAUCAUCCUGAAGGCACCACAGAACCACUACAUCUCCUUCUUCUUCAACAGUUUUGAUUUGGAGAGCCAUAGCAACUGUGACUUUGACUAUCUGGAGAUUCGUAAUGGCAGUACAUCGGACUCACCACUGAUUCAGCGGGUAUGUGGCAGCACCCUGCCCAGCCCCAUCUUCCCACAGUCCAACCUGCUCUACCUACGCUUCAAGAGUGACUUCUCCUAUGCGCGAAAUGGCUUUGAUGUCACAUGGACAUCGUCCUCUCAUAGUUGUGGUGGCACUCUGUACGGAGACCACGGCUCAUUCUCAAGUCCCAACUACCCAGGCACCUAUCCCAACAAUACCCACUGUGAAUGGGGCAUCAUGGCACCCAGAGGUCAUGUGGUGACAGUCACCUUUGCCCAGAUCGGUAUUGAUGACCCUGGAGAUUGCCAGAACAACUUCUUAAAGUUGUAUGAUGGCCCAGACACCUCCUCACUGCCUGUUGGACCUUACUGCGGAGCGGAAACCAACAUUGCUCCAUUUACAGCCUCCUCCCAUCAUGUUUAUAUAGUUUUCCAAGCCCAGUACGCCAUCCUGCCUUCAGGGUUCAGACUCACCUGGAGCAGCUGAGAGAAUGACCUUCAGCCCCUCCACACACAUUUACCGACUAAUUUCCUAAUCAUGUUUCAAACACCU